AUGCUGAAGACGGAGGGGAUGCAAGUCUACCACGUCAAGCCGCUUGGUGAAUUGUACUUUCAGGUUCAGCGUGAGCCCAAAGUCUUGGAGGCAUUACUUCGAGCUGUUCGUGUGUUCGACGUGCCCAUCUACGGCCUCCAGACGGCCGGCAUGUCCGAGGCGCGUUAUCGUCUGGGCGUACCAUUACUUCCUGAAAUCUAUCCGGACAUCGACUACGAUGUCCAGGGUGGGCUGAAUCUAAUCGGCGAGUAUGCCCCAGUCACCCCGGAUUUGGUCAACCGCCGAAUUCGUGAUUUUACUUUGAGGGGUGAAGUCGUAAGUUCAAUCGGCUCCGCUGUAAGCCCAGGAUUCGAAAGACAAUCAUUUACUAUUUGUAUUCAUUCAGACUUACCAAGUGCACUGGGUAAUGCCGCUGCGGCCAGAGAAGCUUUGGAGCAGAUUAGCCAGGCGAAGAAUGGAUCUAUCGAGCACAUCUAA